AUUGCUUUACAGAGCAAAAUAACAUAAAACAACAGAUAAAUACAAAAAAACAGUGCAGAACUAAACAUAAUUUGUCUCUUCAUUACAGAAUGCAAACUGGACACUACUGACCUUUAACAGCAAUAUAACCUGCAAGGACCUUUCUUCCAGGCAUUUAAUUGUCUACAAACAAAUAUUGUUACUAGUUACAAUCCAACCACUGUCUUAGCACGUAGAGUUGUCAGUUGCGGUUCUGCCACAGGACAAUUUGCCCCUGGGCAAGUCACUCAAACCUUUAAAUGUAUCUGUUUAUGAACAUGUGCGUGCGAUGGGAUGAAUAAAGCUCUUGAUUGACUGCAGUGGUGUAGAAAUUAAAGGUAUCUGUUGAUAGAUAUUGAUAUUUAUCUACAGUGUUGUGAUGCUGCGCUACAGCAGGCGCCAAAAUGCUGAAACAUGAUGGUCAAUAACAAGCAUGGCACUGAUCAAACGCCCUCAGAUAUUUAAGUAAUAAUAAUAAUGAGAUAAGCACUUUCCUGUUGCUUGCACAUUCAAAAUAGCAAAAGCUCGAUAUUAUAUGAGACAAUGUGUCUGCAUGGUUCUAAUUCACUGCAAAGGUGUACAUGUUUCUUUAAUGGAACCAAAAUAAAAUUUGUGUUUGGACUUGGAUCCUGUUUCUUUGGAUAAAUUGCUCCUGUCAUAUCCUGUCCACAGAGAAAGACCUGUUAUAACCAAACACAAGUGCAGAGUCACACAGGCACCCUGCAGGACAGAAGACAGUCGCAUCUGUGUAGUGUCUCAGACUGGGAGGGACUUUCUUGGAUGAAAAGGGUGUGUACAAAUUGGAAAGAAUGGUUCCUGUUAAGCUCCUCAUUCUGGGAGCUCAGAACACUGGAAAAACAGCACUGUGUGUUCGGUUUAUAACGAAGCGUUUUAUUGGCGAAUAUGACCAUAAGAAGGAGGUGACAUACAGAUGUAGUCGGAUGGUGGACCAGGAAACUGUUGAUCUGGAGAUCUUGGACUUACCUUGUAAGAGCUCUGUGGCUUCUAUUGAGUCCUCCAUUCGCUGGGCUGACGGUUUCCUACUGCUCUACUCUAUCACUCAGCGCUCUGGCUUCCUGGAAAUCCCUCGACUUAAAACGCUCAUCGACAAAACCAAGCAAAGUCUCGUUUUUCCUACAGUGCUGGUAGCCAAUAAGGCAGAUCUGGAAGUCGGCAGGAAGGUGACAACAGAGGAGGGACAGAGACUUGCCAAAGAUUUAGGAUGUGGCUUCAGAGAGCUGUCAGUAGCAGAGGCAGUUUUAUCAGUGGAAGCAGCAAUUUUCCAACUCAUCAGGCUGACGUUGGAUCAGCAGCGCCCCCUACCUGACAGGCGCUCCUACAUGCUGACAGUGCGCCAUGCUUUGACCAGGAAGCUGACGCGCUCAAAGACAAUGCAGUGGUGACAGCGGCAAGCUAUUCAGCCGGGAUCUAACUUUUAAGUGAUUUUAUCUGGAGAUAUUCUAUAAAUAAAA